UUUAAUAAAACUGAAGUUUAUUCUAACUUACGUUUUAUUCGUGUUUCUACGAGGCGCAGUCCACGCCGACUUCCUCCGCCACCGCCGUUUUCUCCGACGAUAUUCCUCGGUUUGCGAUCGAACCUCGUACGUCUUCUGCACGUUGAGAAUCUGUGGAUCUGCCUCGACUCUACCCGUUCAGCUUUCUUCUCCUCUCCACGGCAAGAUGCUGGCCUUCUCUGAGAAAUUCAUUGUCACUUUUUUAUUCGGUAUUUUCCUACAUCUGUAUCCUGCUUCUGGGAUCAGAUUUGUGAUAGAUAGAGAGGAAUGUUUUUCUCAUUCCGUGCCAUACGAAGGAGAUACAAUGCAUGUCUCAUUUGUUGUGAUUAAAGCAGACACUCCAUGGCAUUAUAGCGACGAUGGUGUUGAUCUUGUGGUAAAGGAUCCCUCAGGUGCUCAAAUACAUGAUUAUCGUGACAAAACAAGUGAAAAGUUUGAAUUUAUGGCUCAGAAGAGAGGUCUUUAUCGGUUUUGCUUCACAAAUAAGUCCCCGUACCAUGAAACCAUUGAUUUCGAUGUAUAUAUUGGCCACUUUUCAUACUUUGAGCAACAUGCGAAGGACGAGCAUUUUGGACCUCUACUAGAGCAGAUUGGAAAACUAGAAGAAGCUCUUUAUAAUAUACAAUUUGAACAGCAUUGGUUGGAAGCUCAGACUGAUCGCCAAGCAAUAGUGAACGAAAGCAUGAGCCGGCGGGCAAUUCACAAGGCACUUAUCGAGUCAGCGGCCCUAAUCGGCGCCAGUGUUCUACAAGUUUAUCUUCUGCGUCGACUCUUCGAGAGGAAGCUAGGCACUUCCAGGGUUUAACUUGAAACUCUUCACUAGCAGUCUUGUGUUGGGUGAUCCAUAGAAUUUUGUUAGCGAACAAUUAUUUGCUUGUUUUAUCAUUCUCAUUAAUGUUAGGCAUGAUGUUUCAUUCCCAACUUAAUUAUCAUCACAAGAACCUAUUAGACUGUGACAUGCUCAAGGACAACAUAUUUUAUGCCCACCAAAUAUUUCUCAUUGAAUAAGUUAUAUACACGGAAUGUUUAUGAUUAA